UGUAUAACUGUAUUCUAUGUGUUGUUCUACCUAUUGAUUUGUUGGCAUUGCGCAAUGUCACAAUUGAAUUUCCGUGAAACUCACAUCCCACUAACCUGCCGGCGGCGUUCAGCAACAGCCCAGACCCCGGCACAGUCCCAAUUGGACUGGCGUGCUUUGCACAGAUCCGAAUACGCUGAGAUUUAGAUAGUACCUUUACUACGUACAGUACUAUGUAGAAACCUCAGACUCAUCGAGAACCCGCCUGUAGCACCCCUUUACCGUCCCCUGACAUGCGACUUACUCGUUAUCUAUGAUUGUCACAGACACUCCCUCACCAUCUACAACACCUUGUUACGCAAAGUAACUGUAGCCUCUCAGUUUCUCUUCAAAUUACGCUUACCCCCUUAGCCAAUGGCUAGUGUUGGCACAUCGACGCCGCCCUCAGGCGUGAGAAUGCUCAGUGAGAAGACGGGUGGCCCGCUAUUAGUUCCUCUUGCGACGCCUCCAGAGACGAGCACUCCGAUUGCAAACCCUUCACUCACGGCUGAGCAGCAAUCCAAGUAUGAUUGGCUUCUCGAGAGAGUAAAAGGGUGGACAGAGGUCCCAUCAACCAGUGGCAAGGCUGGAGCGCUGACCGACAAUGAGAAGAUAUGGCUCAGCAAGGAGUCUCUCUUCAGAUAUCUUCGAGCUACCAAAUGGGAUCGGAACGAGGCCGAGAAGCGUUUACUAGAGACACUGACCUGGCGGAGGGACUACGGUGUCGAUGACCUGACGGCAGACUACAUUGGACCCGAAAACGAGACUGGGAAACAGGUCAUCGUUGGCUUCGAUAAACAAGGUCGUCCAUGCCACUACCUCAACCCAGGACGCCAGAAUACCGAGGUCACCCCGAGACAAGUCCAGCAUAUGGUUUUCAUGCUCGAACGAGUCAUCGAUCUCAUUCCAGCGGAACAAGAGAAAAUUUGCUUGCUUAUCGACUUCAAGACCGGGGCCAAGCGCACAAAUACUGCUCCUGGUAUCGGUCAGGGCCGUGAGGUGUUACACAUCCUUCAGGCACACUACCCUGAGAGACUGGGGCGGGCCCUCAUUGUCAACGUGCCAUGGGUUGUAUGGGGAUUUUUCAAGCUCAUCACCCCUUUCAUUGACCCCUUGACUAAGGAGAAGCUCAAAUUCAAUGAGGACAUGACACAAUAUGUGACUCCAGAGCAACUGGCCAAGGAUAUCAAAGGCGGUCAGCUGCCUUUCGAAUAUGAUCAUUCUGUAUACUGGCCCGCACUUAUGAAGCUCAGCGAUCAGCGACGUGCCGAGCGUUUUCAGAGGUGGGAAGCUGGGGGCAAGUUGAUUGGUGAGUCGGAGGAUUACCUCAAAGGCUAUGCACCUCAUGGCGUAACUGGUGGAAAUACUGAGGCGCCAAAAGAGCAAGCAACGAGUGCUGAUGCUUAGAGUCCAUUGAGCAGAGGAGAAUAUAUUAAUAUUUUAACGUACUAAAAGACAUCUAGUUAUAAGAUUACAAUCAUACUCCAUAGCGCACGGCUGAUUCGAGCAUAGAACGACGGUUAGUUGGAUGGCAUGCACAUAAAGGAUAUAUAGUGUAUGAAGAAUAUAAUUAAUUCUGCAUCGAAUUAUGCAUUCCUGACAUUGAAUCGAGCUCUAUUUCCAUCCCCGUCUCGCUCUACC